AUGGAGGAGGGCAGAGAAACCAGUGUAGUGCAGAGUUAUAGCUUCGACUCGUACCAGCUGGAGGAAGAGGAGGGGACCAAGGGAACGCCGGAGAGAGGAGUGCUGGCCCUGUCAGAGCCGGCCUUUGAGGAGCCAGUCCCUGACGACCGUUACCAUGGUAUCUACUUUGCGAUGCUAUUGGCUGGCGUGGGCUUCCUGCUUCCCUACAACAGCUUCAUCACCGACGUGGAUUACCUUCACCACAAGUUCCAGGGAUCCUUCAUAGUGUUUGAUAUGAGUCUGGUGUAUAUCGUGGUGGCUCUUGUCGCAGUCAUACUAAACAACAUCCUUGUGGAGAGAAUCAGUCUACACACACGAAUCACCGUGGGUUACCUGUUCGCUCUGAGUCCUCUGGUGUUCGUCAGCGUGUUUGAUGUGUGGUUGGAAUCCUUCACCACCAGACAGGCUUACAUCGUCAACCUCUUCUCUGUUGGGGUGGUCGCCUUCGGAUGUACAGUGCAGCAGUCCAGUUUCUAUGGUUACAUGGGGAUGCUGCCCAAGAGAUACACACAGGGGGUGAUGACUGGAGAAA